AAUGGAUAACUAUUCCCGGUAUAGGAAACUUUUAUUUACUUUAUCUGUAUUUCUCUGUUUGCGGAACAGUCAGUACUCGAGGAGGAACAUUGUUUAAUGAUAGCCAAUAAGACAUUUAUUACGGUUGGUGACAAUUUAAAUUACCCCUGAUGACACCUUGUUUAGAACGGUCAAAUUCGGCCACCGUACUAGGUUUUGGAAAAGGAUUUUGGACACGAUACAGAAUGGUGACCAGCGUGGAUGAUAUAAAAUCACUAAGGUUUUGGAAAGCAGUAAUUGCAGAAAUGAUAGGAACAUUGCUCCUUGUGAUGAUAGCAUGUGGAUCUUUCACUGCUUGGGAAGAUCCAAAUAAAGACCAUCAUAUUUCAAAUGCGGGAAGAAUUAUACAGAUUUCACUUUGUUUCGGACUCGGAGUUGCUACAUUAGUUUGGGUUUUCGGGCAUGUUAGUGGCGGCCAUCUGAAUCCAUCUGUUACCAUGGCAUUCUUCAUCACUCGUCGUAUUAGUCUUGCUAGAGCUGUCAUGUAUGUCAUUGGACAAUGUGUAGGAGGCAUGAUUGGAGCAGGACUAUUGAAAGGGGUAAUGCCAUCCAACUACACCGGUAAUCUUGGCGCGACAACCUUACAACAUGGUAUGAAUGGAGGGAAAGGUUUUGGGGUGGAGUUCUUCAUCACCUUUGUAUUGGUAUUGACAGUAUUUGCUUCUGCGGACAAACACCGGAAGGACUUGAGGGGAUCGUUUCCACUUUCGAUUGGACUGGCAUAUACCUUCUGUCACUUAUUUGCAGUUCCAAUGACUGGUGCUGGUAUGAACACAGCUAGAAGUUUUGGCGCCGCUGUUGUUUCUGGAGUUUGGUCAAGUCACUGGGUAUAUUGGUUGGGUCCACUACUUGGAGGGAUUCUGGCUGGUCUGAUGUAUGAGAAUUUGUUUGCUGCCAACGCAUCUCUGAACAAGGCAAUGGAGUUUCUCUUGGCCAGUGACUAUGACACAGAGAAACAUCCUGGGAAGAAAGCUAAAAUCAGAAUCAUACACGAGGAAGACAUCGACGAGAAAGAAAACGAACUAUGUGAGCAUCUUCAGUCUCCUGAUACCCCAAUUGCUCAUGUUAUUACAAAUCCUUGAUUUUAGGGUAUGGAGAUUUCAUAAAUGUACGGAACAGAAUAAGAAUGUAUGUUACAGAACUUCACUUUUUGAGAAUUGAAUAACUGUAGAAUGACAUUGAUUCUUGUUUAAUAUAUUUUAUAUUUACUGGAAAUUAUUUGCCUGUUUUUGGCCAUUUGAAUGAGUGAACCUUUAUUGCACAAAAACAUGAUGUGUUUAUGAGUAAAUUGCAGAAUAUAAACAAUACUAUAUGUAUGACAGAAUCCUUGUAAAUGACUAAUUCCGAUUUUUAUUGUUUUUAUAUUAUUGCAGACAGUUCGGAACUUAAUAAUAAAAUGAUGUUGUGAAUAAAUUUA